AGUUGACGCUCUGAGCUGGAUGUAGCAUCACGAGUCUAAAGGUAACUUAUCCAUGAGAAGGGUUCAGGAAGCGACACUGCUUCUUCACAUUGGACAGGAACUCAGCAGCCUCGUCUGGACAAACAGCUGAACUACAGGUGAGUUUCUACAAGAUUUGACUUGCAUACAGUGACACCUCAGGGGCAGGAUUGGAAAACAAAAAAAGGUCCUUUCAUCACCCUCACAGGAGGUAAAAUGCGGUGAUGUAAUAAUCCUCAUGGCGCUGUACUGGUGCACAGAGUGUAUCCCUCUAUCUGUGACUGCCCUGCUGCCCGUCAUUCUCUUCCCCAUGAUGGGCAUCAUGCAAUCAAGUGAGGAGGGAAAAUGUGGUUAUGUAAUAAUCCUCAUGGCGCUGUACUGGUGCACAGAGUGUAUCCCUCUAUCUGUGACUGCCCUGCUGCCCGUCAUUCUCUUCCCCAUGAUGGGCAUCAUGCAAUCAAGCGAGGUUUGUAUACAGUACCUCAAAGACUCCAACAUGCUCUUCAUUGGUGGGCUGGUGGUGGCCAUCGCUGUCGAGCAGUGGAACCUGCACAAGAGGAUUGCCAUUCUUGUUUUGCUAAUUGUUGGGGUGAAGCCAGCUUUCCUGAUGAUGGGUUUCAUGAGCACCACGGCCUUUCUGUCCAUGUGGAUCAGUAACUCGGCUGCCACGGCCAUGAUGCUGCCCAUUGCCGGCGCUGUGCUGCAGCAGCUGUGUGAUACAGAGGCCAACGCUGAAGAGAGGGAAUUUAGCCUGACUGCUGCGAAGGACGGUCAGGAAAACCAGGCGUUUGAGAUGGGCGACACUAAAGAGAAUCACAAGAAAGAGCUCAGACCAAAGGACAGCAGCAUCAACAUGGAUGCAUAUAAAGACGACGACAGCAAAGACAUGAAGGAGAUUAAAGAAAAUGUUAUUUCAAAAGUUGACAGGAGUCCAGAGGCAGAGCAGCGCAGACUCCAGAGGGAGCAGAAGUAUGUGGAGCUGAAGAAAGGCAUGAGCCUGAGUGUUUGUUACUCUGCCUGCAUCGGCGGGACGGCCACUCUCACUGGAACCACACCCAAUGUUAUCCUGAAAGGCCAGAUCGAUGAGCUCUUCCCAGACAAUGGAGGCAUAAUCAACUUUGCAAGUUGGUUUGGCUUUGCUUUCCCUAACAUGCUGCUAAUGCUUGCCCUGUCUUGGCUGUGGCUGCAGUUUAUGUUUCUAGGCUUCAACUUGAAAAAGUCCUUUGGCUGUGGCACAAAGAGAGUUGCUGACAGAGAGGCUUACCAGGUCAUCAAAGAUGAAUACAAGAAGUUGGGCAGGAUGGACUUCGCUGAGGGCUGUGUGCUGGUCAUCUUCACGUUGCUGGUCAUUCUGUGGUUUACCAGGGAGCCUGGGUUCAUACCCGGCUGGGCCACUGUGCUCUUCAACAAAGACAAAACGUACGUCACUGAUGGCACUGUGGCCAUAUUCAUGUCUGCACUCUUCUUCUGCAUCCCAUCCAAAUUACCCGGAUGCUGCGGGGAGUCCAGUGAUGGGGCCCCUGCUGAAGCCCCUCCAGCUCUGCUUAGCUGGGACAUUGUCCAUAGAAAGUUCCCUUGGAACGUCCUUUUGCUUCUAGGAGGAGGUUAUGCAUUGGCCCAUGGAAGUGAGAAAUCUGGACUUUCUAUGUGGCUGGGAGAAAGUCUCAUCCCGCUGCAGAGCAUCCCUCCAUACGCCAUCACCAUCCUGAUGACUAUGCUCGUGGCUGCGUUCACCGAAUGUUCCAGCAACACAGCCACAACAACUCUCUUUCUACCAAUACUGGCCUCCAUGGCCACUGCCAUCAAAAUACACCCACUGUAUGUGAUGCUACCAUGCACCAUCGCCACCUCACUGGCUUUCAUGCUGCCUGUUGCCACUCCACCCAACGCCAUUGCUUUUUCUUUCGGAAACCUCAAAGUCAUAGACAUGGCCAAAGCCGGAUUCAUUUUGAACAUUAUUGGGGUCCUAACCAUCAACCUGGCCAUUAACACAUGGGGAGUGGCCAUGUUCCAGCUGGAUUCCUUCCCCAGUUGGGCUAAUGUCACCAAAAAUCCUUGAAUGUGAACUCAAUGAAACAGAGACAGGGGGGAAACUGGGGGAGAUGAACAAUACCUGCAUAUCUAUCAGGACUCCACCACUGGAGGACUGGGCUUGCAGAUGGCUAUGUGUGUUUUUCAAAGCUCCCCUGAAUGAUGUGCACUGAGGCCCAUCCUCGAGCUGUUCUAUGCAGCUUUAUAUCCUGCCUCAUACUGUGAUGUUCUUCAGAAACCAGCCCAACUUUCUGACUGGAAACACUGGGGCACCAUUUGCUUUGAGUGUACUGAGUUCAGUUCAUUGAGAUAAAUAUUCCUCUGGACAGUCAACAAAGCAGAUCAGAAUUCAAUGCGUUGAAUCCCACGAGGGACUUUUAAGUGUUUAUGAAACAGUCUUGUGAUUUCUGUGAUGCUUGUAAGUGAUCUGUAACGGCAAACAAGACCAUUGGUGAAAAAGACUUCUAUUCUUAUAUCUAUUGUUAUUAUUAAUGCCUGUGCUCGGGUCCGAUCACAUAUAUCACAUAUAAAAUCACUCAUAAAUAUGCAUUACCUCAUUGCGAUCCAUCCUGGGUCACUCUCUGUCACUUUCUUCCAAAACAAAUACACUCACCGCCGGCAUGCUCUUGCAAAGAUCUUUACACCUGCGGCCGCUGGUGUUACGCUAGGAAAAGGGGCCGUCAGAAUCAACAAAAUCUGAAAGUACCUUGUGGUCACUUUAAAUAUGAUGACAAGAUGUGAUGUUUAUGGAAGCAGGUGCCAAUCUGGAUCACAUAGAGAAGUAUAUUGUGGCAAACUUUGAUUUUGUGAAUCGUCAAUGCAUCUGUAUUAAACCGUGUUACACUAUCCUAGUGUAAUAAGUUUAAACUGCAUAAGCAGCUUUAUGUUCUCAGGCUGUGAGACUUGAUUCAUCCUUCAUACCCUGUUAGACUAUUUUUCUGUGUGAAUGGAGCAUUAAGGGACUCAAACCUUGUUUUGUUUUUAAAUCUCAGCAUUAUAUAAAAAAAAGACUGUUAAAUGA